AUGAAAAAUACAGCAAAGUGAGGUUUUUACGUGCAUUUAGCAGUACUAGAAAUUUCACUGAAAAAUCCCCAAAAGCUUAACUUUCCUGUUAAAAAGACAAAGCAGAGUAAGGGAGAAAAACAAGAGCGAGGAAACCGAGAAUGCAAGAAAGAUUUUGACGAAUGCAUGGAUUUCCUCGCUUUCAAAUUUGUUUUCUCUUCGACAUUCAAAAGGUAUGAGAAAAUCCGGAAACAUCUUUAGCCAUUACUAACUGUAUACUAAGAUUUUCCUUUUGAAGACGACGAAAAUGUUUACUGUUCUUAAUUAUUGCACCCCAAGGUAGUAACCACAUUUCCUGUAUACUCGAGAUUUUCUUUCCAUGUGUAUCGCUAUCUGUUCUUCAAUGAAUAUUUUUUAUUUGCCCUUUGUGGAUUAUAUUCUAUGAUCCUUGCAUGGAUGAUUUGGAUCUUUUUUGAAUUCUCUAUAUCUCUCAAAUGUGUUUAAAUAUAUUUUGAUUGGUUCGGAUUUCGCAUUAUGAGAUCAGAUGCAUUUGCAUGGCUGAAAUUGCAGUAGGAGGAGAGAAGACAGAGGCAGUGCAUAAUCCAUAUAGAAGUUGAAUAUGUGCAGCAAUUCUUGCAACAGUGUUUGUGGAUGUGGGACUGGUGUGAAUGUUGUUAGUAGCAUCUGGAGUUCUGGUUUAAAGAAACCGCAGAAACGUCCCAGAGUGCCAAAAAGAGGACCUGGUGUGGCCGAACUUGAGAAGAUCCUGAGAGAGCAAGGAGGCGUAGACAUAACUACUGAAAAGGGAGAUUCAGAGGGAUUUCCAUCUUUUGUGUCUCGUGCUUCUUCGUCUUUAAACUUCCAUCCAUUGCAACCUUCGACUACAACAAAAGCUACUCCACCUUCUUCUCUCUCAAGCAAUUUGGCUACUAAUGUUUCUUCUGCCCCAAUAUUUGAUCAUUUAGGUCCCACUACACUCCCAGCCAGUACAUCUAUGUACGGUAAAUGUGGAUCACUAGAAAGAAGUGGUGGAUCUGGUCUUGUUUCUCCUGAAAAAGAAUUCUUUCCCUUGAAUCUUAAUUCAUGUAAGUCUAAUUUGAACAUGAAUGAACCGAUUGAUGGAAAUCGAUAUGAUUCUGCCAGUUCCCCUUCCAGGAAUUUAUCUGGUGACUGGCCUUAUCCAAAAAAUCAGCACAUAAACAAUCACUACUCUGCACCUAUUACUUCUAUGACAAAUCCCCGUGGGACCUCAACAAUCGGCCCUCAAAAUCAACCAGAGCUUCCUUCAAACCAAAGUUUGUGUUACAAUUACAUGUCUAGAGUGCCAGAAGAACAAAAAGUUGGCAUGAAGCGAUCUCACUCUUCAACCCUGGAAAACUCUCUGAUUCCGCCAUCGAACUUCCAUGUUCUUCCAAGUUUUUCAUAUUACAAUAGACAUCAUCAAUCCUCCAUAAAUGAUAGUCAUGGUGCCAGUGGUUUCAAUUCCACCAAGGAGUGCUAUAAGGAUGCCAAAUGGGGCAGCACUUUGGAGCUUAGUAACACAAGGUUCAAUUCUGACAUGACAGUUCCUGGUCAUGCAAAUUUCCCUCCAGUUGUAACUCCUGAAGUUCCUUCACCUCCCAUGCAUUUGUUUUCAGGUGUUAUUUCAAAGGGGAAUGCGCUACCCGGCCAUGUUUGUGAAGAUAAACUAGACUCAUGCCAACAUUCAGAAUCAAGCGAACCAAAUCGUAGACCUUUCUAUAACUUCUUAGAAGUGGAGGACUCAGAGAUGACAGACAAAAUGCGAGGGGAAAAUCUUGGGGGACGUGAAGCAGGAAGAUUUGGCAUUGAUCUGAACUUGAAGCUCUGAAUUUGUGUUUGCAAAUCUCAAAGACUAGCAAGCUCAGAUGAGUAUGCGCCAGUUUUUCAGUUUGAGUCCAACAAUAGCAUCAAGUGAAGAAAAGAGAACAGUUUCCGGGUAAUGGUUGGAGAAGAAUUUACCCGGGAUAUGCAUACUUGUCAUAGGAUUUUCAUUAGAUAGUUUGCGUGGAAGACUAUGCAUACCGUUUGAUUCAUAAAAUCAAGAGAUGCUGCUUUGCAUGGAAUUUUCAUUUAACUUAAUUUCAGUUGUUCAGUCUUUUUGACGUUACAGUCGUUUAAGUUAUGUUUGUCGAAAUUGUAGCUUAAGAAGUUACUUCAAAAUGAAAGUUUAAAGAAGAGUUUUGGAAAUUUAAAUAAUACCUUGUGCUC